GAAGGUGAGGUGGCAGCUCUGAACAGACGUAUCCAGCUAGUGGAAGAGGAGCUGGAUCGUGCCCAGGAACGGCUGGCCACAGCCUUGCAGAAACUGGAGGAGGCUGAGAAAGCAGCGGAUGAGAGCGAGAGAGGAAUGAAGGUUAUCGAGAACAGAGCGAUGAAAGAUGAAGAGAAGAUGGAAAUUCAGGAAAUGCAACUGAAGGAGGCCAAGCAUAUUGCCGAAGAAGCUGACCGCAAAUACGAAGAGGUUGCCCGUAAACUGGUUAUUUUGGAGGGUGAACUGGAAAGAGCUGAAGAGCGUGCAGAGGUGUCCGAAGUCAAGUGUAGCGACCUUGAAGAGGAGUUAAAGAACGUCACUAACAACCUGAAGUCUUUGGAAGCUCAGUCUGAGAAGUACUCGGAAAAAGAAGAUAAAUACGAAGAAGAAAUCAAGAUUCUCUCUGACAAGCUUAAAGAAGCUGAAACUCGUGCUGAAUUCGCGGAGAGAACCGUUGCCAAACUGGAAAAGUCCAUUGAUGACCUGGAAGAAAAACUUGCUCAAGCCAAAGAGGAGAACCUGGGGCUGCAUCAGACACUGGACCAGACGCUAAAUGAACUGAACUGUAUAUGACCCGGCGAAGAGCUCGCGGCAGCCACCGGGCACGGAAAAGUCCGUCUGC